AUGGAGGACGACAGAGCCCAGGUCGACCUCGGCCUGGCCGCAGAUAUAGAAGAGUCUCAGAUGCUUCAGGCACAGACUGCAGAACACAACGGCGAGGAACCGGUCGUUAAGCAACCGAAAAAGCGUUUUGUGGGAAGAAGAGCGGCCGCCGAAGCUGCUGCCAAGAAUGGCGUGCAAGGGACUACGGGAGAGAGCGGUGCUCUACAGACUGCCAAACCCAGACGCGCGCCGCGACUGCUUAACCGCGUGCCGCCAGAGAUAUCCGAGGACCCCAAACUCAAGGCUGCCAUUGCGCUGCUGCCCUCCAACUACAGCUUCGAGAUCCCCAAGACGAUCCACCGCAUCCAGACGGCCGGCAGCAAAAAGGUGGCGCUGCAGAUGCCCGAGGGCCUGCUGCUCUUCGCGACGACCAUUUCCGACAUUCUCACGCAGUUCUGCCCCGGCGUCGAGACGCUCAUCAUGGGCGACGUGACGUACGGCGCCUGCUGCAUCGACGACUACACGGCGCGCGCCCUCGGCUGCGACCUGCUCGUGCACUACGCCCACAGCUGCCUCAUCCCCGUCGACGUGACGCAGAUCAAGACGCUGUACGUCUUCGUCGACAUCAGCAUCGACGCCGCGCACCUCGUCGCCGCGCUCGAGCGCAACUUUGCCAGCGGCCGCACCACGCUCGCCCUCGUCGGCACGAUCCAGUUCAACGCCACGAUCCACGGCGUGCGCGGGCGCCUCGAGGCGGCCGGCUUCCGCGUGCUCGUGCCGCAGAUUGCGCCGCUCAGCCGCGGCGAGAUUCUCGGCUGCACGUCGCCGCGGCUCAGCGACGCCGACGCCGUCGACGCCAUCCUGUACCUCGGCGACGGCCGCUUCCACCUCGAGAGCAUCAUGAUCCACAACCCGCGCGUGCCCGCGUACCGCUACGACCCGUACUCGCGCAAGCUCACGCGCGAGACGUACGGCCACGACGAGAUGCAGUCGGUGCGCCGGACGGCGAUUCGCGCCGCGCGCGGGGCCCGCCGCUGGGGGCUCAUCCUCGGCUCGCUCGGCCGCCAGGGCAACCCGCACACGAUGGCGCGCAUCGAGGCGGUGCUGCGCGACCGCGGCAUCCCCUGGAUCAACCUGCUGCUCAGCGAAAUCUUCCCCGGCAAGCUCGCCAUGAUGGCCGACGUCGAGUGCUGGGUCCAGGUCGCGUGCCCCCGGCUCAGCAUCGACUGGGGCUACGCGUUUGCCCGCCCGCUGCUCACCCCGUACGAGGCGCUGGUCGCGCUCGGCGUCGCGGAGGAUUGGGAGGACGAGGCCGGCGGCGGCGGCGGCGUCUACCCGAUGGACUAUUACGGCAAGGAUGGCUUGGGACGGACAAAGCCGCUGGAGGCCGCGGCAGCUGCGACGUGA